CUGAUAUGCUGACUGUGCAACACGAGUCUCAACACGGAGUUUGACCGCAACAGUGACGGCUUGCAAGUCUAGGAAAGGCCAGCUAUAAUUGUUAGCUAGCUAGCUAGGUAUGGCCUUCUCAAGACUUGCUCUAAGCCUACUACUAGGACUGACGGUGUCUGUUGGAUGGGUACAUGCACAAACACUGUCUCGAAUGGCAGCAUCCAAUGAGCCCGAUGUCACUGACCACACUGGAGAGAUCAUCUCAUUCUCUGCUGUUGGAUCAGGAGCUAGUGGUAAUCCACGCCCCUGGGUUUGCUACACCGAAGACACUGGUAGUGUAUUGUGGAUGUUCCCCGAUGGGAGUGCAUUGCAACUUGAAAGUAGAUCGUUGGCAGUUCAGGAUGAAUUGUUCAGCAGAGAUAUUCCUAAUUUUGGCGUUUCUCUGCAGCGUGGUCCCACACACUUCAGUCCUGAUGGAGAACACUGCUGUGUGAGGACUGCCACCAAUGAGAGGAUAUGUGUCACCUUCACUCCCUGCCCCACACUGAGUCCACUGUCUAAUGGAAUGAUCUCAUACGAUGCAACCACCAACAUGGCCACCUACACCUGUAACCCUGGGUACGCUGUGGCGACCAUCUCAUCCAUCACCUGUAAUGAUGUCACAAUGCAGUGGAGUAGCACUGUGAGACCCACUUGUGAACUCAGCACCACUACCUGCUCUGACUUGCCUGCUCCAACCAAUGGAAUGAUUGGCUAUAAUGCGGAGACCAUGAAUACUAGACCAGUGAACACCGUGGCCACCUUCACAUGUAACACUAGAUACACUGUGACUGGUGAUAUGACCAGGACUUGUGGGGCUGGUGGAGUGUGGAGUGGGACUAAUCCAACAUGUACUCUUGUUGACUGUGGCCCCCUCACUGACCCCACCAAUGGAAUGAUUACUUUAUCCACUACCACGUUUGGGAGCACUGCUACCUACUCUUGUAACAGUGGCCACAAUCUGAAUGGAGACACCACUAGGACUUGUGGGGCUAAUGGAGACUGGAGUGGCAGUGAUCCAACUUGUGAUAUUGUUGACUGUGGCCCCCUCACUGACCCCACCAAUGGCAUGGUUGAUACACCCACUACCACCUUUGAGAGCACAGCUACCUACUCCUGUAACCCUGGCUACCAGAUGACUGGACUGAUGGUGAGGACGUGUACUGCUAGUGGAUGGAGCACUGGAGAUGACCCUGUCUGUACUGCCGUAUGUCUUGAGCAGCUCACCCUGGUUAAUGGAGGGAUCAGCUACAAUCCAACCUCCUUCCCCAGACUAGAGGGAGCCAUGGCUACACACAGCUGUAAUGAGGGGUAUACUGGUGGAGGCACUAGGACCUGCCUGUUCAACAGAAUGUGGAGUGGAUCAUCCCUCACUUGUACACUGACUUGUCCAGACCUCCUUGUACCAACCAAUGGAGCACCACUUGUGUACAGUCAUCCCACCAUCCCCAGAGCUAUUGACUCCACUGCCACCUACAGCUGUGUGACUGGCUGUAACCCUGGCUACACACGGAGUGGAGAUCAGACCAGGGUUUGUCAGGCUAGUGGAGAGUGGAGUGGGUCAGAACCUGCUUGUAAUCCUGUUGACUGUGGACCUCCUCUGACUAUUAAUAAUGGACAAGUCAGUACAUCCCCUGGAACCACCUUUGGGAGCAUAGCUACCUACACCUGUAACACUGGAUACACUCAAAAUGGACCAUCCACCAGAACAUGUCAGGCUGAUACAGUGUGGAGGGGAGAUGCACCAACUUGUGAUGCCCUGUGUCCUCGUGAGCCCCUCUCCAAUGGAAUGGUGACCUACUCACCUUCUGAUGAUCCUCCACCACCUGGAGCAGUGGCCACUUACUCUUGUAACACUAGCUAUGAACUGAGUGGUGCUAGUACGAGGAAUUGUGUGGCUGUCAGUGGGUGGAGUACAUCUCUACCUGUUUGCAAUCCUGUUAACUGUGGUGACCUCACUGACCCCUCCAAUGGAGCAGUGGACACAUCCUCUGGAACCACCUUCAUGAUGACUGCUACCUACACCUGUAACACUGGAUACACUCUCAUUGGAGCAAACACUCGGACUUGUGGUGGUGAUGGACAGUGGACUCCAGAUGCUCCAACCUGUUUACAGCUCAUAGCUGUGAUCACCUCUAGUGGUGGUCCAAUGGCUGGUCAGAGUUUCUCCUUCACUUGUUCCCUGAGUGGAGGGGCCUCUCUACAACCCACCCUCUCCUACCAGUGGACGAGGGAGGGAGGGUUACUCAUGACCAGUACAGCAACUCUCAACUUUGACACUCUCUACUUGUCAGACGCUGGUCAGUACAACUGUCAGGUCAUCCUCACCUCCAGUCAGCUUGAGGGGGAACACACUGUAGCUGCUCACUACACCAUUGAGUUCAUGACACUCAACAUUCAACUUCGUCUGGAUGGAAUAACAAACUGUGAGGUGUACAUUGAGUCAGGAAGAAGUGCCAAAGCCAGUGGCAUCACUACCAGACUAUCUCAAGGUGUUGAAGGAUUGUGUGCUUGUGGGUUCAGCCCCUCCCUUCUCACUGACGAGUUUAUCAAUUGUUUCGAAGGGUCCUCUAGUCAUGUGACCUACCGAGCUGUGCUGACUGGAACAGAGAGUGUAUCCACCAUACAACUGGCUAGGCUAAUGGAACAGUGGGUUGAGAAUGAUCCAAUCGUUGUGGUGCAGAGUGCAGGCCUCAGUGUGACUAACAGUUGUCCGAUUGUCAUUGCUAACCUCAAUAGUCCAGAGUGCCCUGAGGACAUCACUAAUCGGACGCAGAUGGCUACUCCAACUUCCUCUAUGGCUACUCCAACUUCUUUCAUGGCUACUACCACACCCACAGAGAGUGUAGUGGUCAAUGUUGGUACAGUGGCUGGUUGGGUGGUUGCUGGAGUCUUGGCCAUUGCUGUGCUAGUACUGAUCAUAUUGCUUGUGCUGGUUAUGUUGAGGCAACGGAGGUCUGGAUCCAAGGACAUGAGUGAUAAGAGGACAGGCAGCCAACCAACACAAUUACCCCCAGUGGUGAUGAGUCAUCUCCCCUCCCAUGAUUACGAGGGGUUGAGCAAACUACAGGAGGAGGCUACCUAUGAGGUGGUGGACCAGCCACGCCCCCCUCCUCCUGCAGACUACCAGCUCUCAGCCUGUGCAGCUUAUGCAUCCACUGACUGCAACACAGAGAACAAGUAGACACUAUAACAACACAGUCUAGUUUGUCAAUGUAUGUGUCGCUGUUUUUCAUGUAAUUUAGCAAGUUGUUUUUAAUUAUUGUGUUUCAGGUUAUUAUCUUAGAAUAUUGUCUACUGAAGGCAUAGCCUCGAUCCCAGCCCCUC